GCGCGUCACGCGGCGUCACAUCGGCUGGUGUUUAAAGAGGAGAACCUUCUGCAGAGACGAGGAGACCGGAGAGACUUCUGCAGAGAUGACAGAACAAUCCCUCUUUAACCGGGUGGACCUCCACUGUGAGACCAACAACGGUUCACACCACACCGAUGACAUCUCAGUGAAGGAGCUGAUUGUGCGGCGAGGCCAGCCCUUCAAACUGACCCUGGAUCUGAAGCGACCUUUCGACCUGAAACGUGACUCGCUCACCAUCAGAGCAGCGACAGGAGAACAUCCGACGAAGGAGCAGGGGACGCUGUCCAUCUUCAGUCUCCCAGAGCGCACAGAUCAACAUCCAUCAGCGAAGGCCGUGUGGAAGGUGGAGCUUCAAGGGCACGUCUCCAAGGUGACGGGCCUCAUGUCGCUCCGCAUCACGCCGCCGGCCGCCGGGCCCAUCGGGGAGUUCAACCUGACGGAGGUACUCGGGGACAAGAACAACCCGCUGGCCAAGCUGGUGGUGCUCUACAACCCCUGGUGCCCCGAUGACUGGGUGUAUAUGAAGGAUGUGGAGGAGAUAAAUGAGUAUGUGCUGAAUGAAAACGGAGUAAUCUACAAAGGAAGUAAUAACUACAUCAUUCCUCUUGACUGGGACUUUGGACAGUUUGAGUACAAGAUGGUGGAAAUCAGUUUGAAGAUCUUGGACCUCAACCACAAACACCUCCUGGACCCGGCCGACGACGUCGCCGCUCGCUGCAACCCCAUCUACGUCGGCCGCGUGGUCAGCGCCAUGAUCAACAGUCAAGACGACAGCGGGGUCCUGAUGGGACGCUGGGACGGUUCGUACGACUUCGGCUUCCAGCCGUCUCAUUGGUCCGGCAGUCACGCCAUCCUCAAGCACUGGCUCAACAACUUCUGCCGCCGGGUCAAGUACGGGCAAUGCUGGGUGUUCGCCGGUGUGAUGUGUUCAGUGAUGCGCCUGCUCGGCGUGCCGUGCCGCGUGGUCAGCAACUUCCAGUCCGCCCACGACAACAACAAGAACCUCAUCAUCGACAUGUUUCACGCCGACUACGGAGUCAGAGAGAGACCGUCCCCCGACAGCGUGUGGAACUUCCAUGUGUGGGUGGAGGCGUGGAUGAGGAGACCGGACCUGGACGAGGACGGCAAGUACGACGGCUGGCAAGUUCUGGAUCCGACGCCACAAGAGAAGAGCGAAGGUAUUUACUGCUGCGGUCCCACGUCGGUCACCUCCAUCCUGAACGGACAGACGGACCUCAGAUACGACAUCCCGUUCGUCUACGCCGAGGUCAACGCCGACUGCAUCGACUGGCUGGUGAAAGCUGACGGAACAAAGAAGAAGAUCUAUUCCGAUACCAAGAGAGUCGGUCAGAACAUCUCCACCAAGGCUGUCGGCUCCAAUAAGAGGAUUGACAUCACCAGCAGCUACAAGCACAAAGAGGGGUCCGAUAAGGAGAGGUCCGUCUUUCAAUACGCGCGGACCAGAGACUACUCCGACAAGGCCGUCGCGGUCGAGAGCGAGGACGACGACGACAAGGACGGAGAGACGGAAGGAGACGAAGAAUGGAACGAGGGCGCCGACGGGAACGUGGACGUCGAGGAGCUGGUGGACGGCGAGGAGGACGAAGAGUCGGACGAAGAGUCGGACACUGAGAGUGACGACGAAGACGAGGUCUCGGGGGGCUCGGGACCCCGAGGUUCAGCUCUGCCGGAGCCAGAUCCGGUCCACAUGCAUUUUGAAGAGGUGACUCCGCCCACCAAUGGCAAGGCCGUGAGGUUGAAGCUGGUGAUGCAGAGCAUCUCCACCGUGGACCGGCAGUUGGCCGUCAGCAUCCGGGUCAAAUCCAUGAGGUACAACGGCUCCCCGGCCGUGGAGAUCAAGAGCAAGAUGAAGGAGAAGACGCUGCUGGCCGGGAAAGAUCUGUUCGUCCCUAUCCGGGUCCGGUUCCGGGACUACCAUAAGUCCAUGAAGGGCUGCGACAGCAUGAAGUUUUUGGCCGUGGUGACGGACAUGGAGAUGCCCGACAACAUCUACAUGACGGAGAACGACGUCGUGCUGCUCGACCCUCCCAUCACCAUCAACCUUCGUAAAUGGGCCCGACUGCACCGCCGGGUGCUAGGCGAGGUUGUGUUCAGGAACCCGGUAAACGAGACGCUCACGGACUGCAGCCUCACUCUCUCUGGCAGCGGCCUGAUGCACGACGAGCUCAAAGUCCAACUUCCGGAUCUUAAGAAAAAUUCCCAAUUCCGCGUGAAGUUCCCGCUCGUCCCCUACAAGCUGGGGAGGAAGACCCUCAUCGUCGACUUCGACUGCGCCAUCUUCAGGGACAUCAAGGGCAGCUGCACCAUCAAAAUAAGAAAAUGACAGAUUUUCUAAAACUGUGAAUGGGACUUCUUUUUUUAAAUAAAAAGAAAGAAAGAGAGUAAUCAGGUUGUUUUCGAUCAUGUACGGUGGUGGUGUGUGACAAUUGGAAUAAGGUUAGUGAAGAACCAGCGUGACCCCACUGCCCCUUCACUGCACUCAAAAAACCGAUUCAAGCCCUUCUUAGAGGUGACACAUUUAAAUAUUGUUUGAUACAUUUAAAUAAAUCAAUUACAAAACGAAGAUAUUUAUAUUGAAUGGGUGUAACACAAAAUGUAUGAAUACUUUCAUUUAUUAGAUUUAUUUAGGUUACACUCACAAAAACGAUUCAAGCCCUUCUUCGAGGUGACACAUUUAAAUAUUGUUUGAUACAUUUAAAUAAAUCAAUUACAAAAAUAGAUAUUUAUAUUUAAUGGGUGUAACACAAAAUGUAUGAAUACUUUCAUUUAUUAGAUUUAUUUAGGUUAGAUGGUGUGCAUAUCAACUCAAAAUAAAUGUGUUUCAUUGGGGACUACCCUUUGUGCAUGCGCCAGCUGAAAAUCAGUUGUUUACAUGAGGUGAAGACGCUUUCAGGGCUGUAUGGUGGUGUAGUGGCUAGCACUGUCGCCUCAAAGCCAAAGGUCCGUUGGUUCAAUUCCCAGUUGGGGCGUUUCUUCUGUGUGGAGUUUGCAUAUUUAGUUAGUUGGUAUAUAUUUUGAGUUGGACAAACACAAAUUCAUUUAAUUUAAUGAAUAUCGUAAUUUUAUUUGAGAUGUAUUUGAUACAAAUGAGUUGGACUAACUUAAUUACAUUUUAUUGCACUGAUGUGCUAAAUUUGAGUUGGAGUUGCAUAUAAUUAUUGGAUGGAAAACCUGCCAACAAUUUAAUUGAGUUCAUCCAAUGAGUCGUUUCUUUGAGUGUGGUGGUGGUGAGUACCCGUGUCACGUGUACUUUUUAACUGCAUAAAAAAAAGAAAUCCAUUUAUUUUACAAGCUCGAAUCACCGGAAACCUUUAAUUGACAUGUUUGUUUUUCACAUAGUGGCUGGGGCACAUUACAACCAACUACAGCGCAAGCAUUGAAACAUAUUACAUUUACAGGAGAAUAUACAAUAUACAUAAAAAGUGCAAGAGGAACAUAACAGUGCUUCACACAGUGUGAUAAAUUGGGCUGUUGUUGUCUUUAUGUACAUGUUAUUAUGGUUUUAUUACAACAUUUAUAAUGAAUAAAAUGUGACAGGAAGCCGUGUGUGCCCUUUGUGUCUUUAAAGGUGAUCACCGUGUAAUCACACUGAUGUGAUAAUGAUUUAAAUGUGUUAAAGACCAAGUUCAUGUUCAGAUAGAUUUGUCACACAUUUUUGCCUUUUGAAAUGUCAAAUAUUAAAUAGAUUUAGCUCUU